UCGGCUUCCAUUUCGAUUGUCUGGAUAGUAUAUACAUAUAUAUAGAGUAAACAGUAUGAAUCUACGUUACAUUUGCACAUUGUCACUGCUGCCCACACUCUAUGUGCUGCUUGUCCUGCUGCUGGAGUAUGUGGAGGAGGGUCUCGCCCAGAAUCCGGAUCCGUUGUUCGAGCUGCCCGUGCAGUUGGUCGGUUUUCCGGUGAUUGUCCUCUCCGUGCGUCUGUCGCAGUUUGCCAAAAAGUUGGCCUACUCCCUCAAUCCAAAUACGUACCGUGCGCGGAGUAAACGUGACGCAGCCCAUCCGCUGGCCCUCGACGCGGAGCUGGCCCAGAAGCAGAUCCAGCUCGAAUUCGGUCUACAGGCUUGCAUCCUCGAGGAGCCUUGUCGCGUGCACGCCUCCCGUUCAGCCAGUCAACGGCGUCCGGGCAACGAGGGCAAGGCUGCCGCACAUGCACCCUGGUCAGAGGUCUUGAGGAACUACAAAGUGCAAUCAACCGGAGGCAUGAAACAAUGGUAUCUGCUCUCGCUCUUCAUCGGCGAUGCUGUGCGGGAUGUGCCGCUCUGCAAGCACCUGGCCAAAAGGAUGCCAUGUCCAGGAGCUGGACCACUGCCGCCUCCACAGCCACGAUAAGGACUAUCUAGCACUCCAAAAAUGGGCGGGCUUUCGUUUUUUUUUAGUUGUAGGGGGGCUCUCUCUGCAUCAUCGCAUCGUGUAGUCAGUCACAGUCAACUGCAUGGACAUCUUUGUUACAUACUUUCCAACUCCAACUACGUCUAUCUUCACUCUUCAUCAAUUCGUACUGUUAGUUGUUUUUAGGGGUUAUAAUUUAAACGACAGACAGCAUAGGCUUAGACUUAAGUAAGUAUGUAUGA